CGCACGCCGACUAACCGCACACAGCCAGCGAAAAUGUCGUCCGCGUCGCCCCGGAAGUCCACGCGCGCCGCCGCGACGCGUCGGAAAGCGCCGAUCGUCGACGACGACUCGGACGGUGAGGAGAACCAGGCACCAAAGAUCAAGGAGGAGGAAGAAGAAGAAGACGACUUUACACCGGCACCCCCACCACAGAAACGCGCACGAGGGAGGCCCAAGAAGGUUGCAGGUGCUGCAGCAGCGACCCCGAAGCCAGCCCCAGCGCGGAGAACCACACGGCGGCCGCGCGCAACAGAAUCCGUCGAGCCCACCGACCUAAUCGAACCGACCCAGGUGUUCAAUCCACCUGCAGAACACCCUGCAAAUCCCACGCCCGCGAAGUCGCCACGGAAACGUACAACGACGACGGCCAGCCGCAAGUCUCGUGUCCUGGUAGCGGAAGAGCCAGCGGUGGAAGGCUCCAUCCUGCCUACCCCGCAACCGUCAGAGCCCUCAGAGACGCCGGACCAGAGCUUGUUGCAUUCGGAAGUGACUGUGACACAGCUCGAACCCGCAGUCAAGCUUGAGCCUGGCCUUGAGCCCGAGCCUCAAUCUGAACCAGACGAGCCUACUAUCGUGCCCCGCGCACCCAGCGCGCCCCUCGCAGACAUCACCGAGAGCGCGCUCAACGAACAGAUACCCGUGCCAUCGUCACAGCCCGAGCCUGAUGCCAAACCCGACGCUACCAUGGUUUUCAGCACGAAACACACGUUGCUGGAGAAGCCCAUGGACAUUGUGGCGCGCAAGCGGCUCGCCGGCAUCCCCUCGACGCAUCAGUCAGAUGUUCCGCAGCAGCGCACCGUCAUUGAGUGGCUGGUCCUUACCAAUUUCAAGAGCUACGCUGGGGAACAGAAAGUAGGGCCUUUCCAUCGCUCCUUCUCCGCCGUUGUGGGUCCAAACGGAUCAGGCAAGUCCAAUGUCAUUGACUCGUUGCUGUUCGUCUUUGGUUUCCGUGCGAGCAAGAUGAGGCAGGGCAAGAUCUCGGCUCUCAUCCACAACUCAGCCCAAUUCCCCAAUCUCGACUACUGCGAGGUUGCAGUUCAUUUUGAAGAAGUCAAGGAUCUCCCCGAAGGAGGCUGCGAGACCAUCCCGAAUUCGAAGCUCAUCAUCUCCCGGCGAGCCUUCAAGAACAACGCCAGCAAGUACUACAUCAACAACAAGGAAUCAUCAUUCACGGUAGUGACCAACCUUCUGAAGGGACGUGGUGUGGACCUGGACCACAAGCGGUUCUUAAUCUUGCAGGGCGAGGUCGAAUCGAUCGCUCAGAUGAAGCCCAAGGCGCAGGGGGAGCAUGACGAUGGUCUGCUGGAGUACCUCGAGGAUAUCAUUGGGACAUCCCAGUACAAGACACCUAUCGAGCAAGCCAUAACCGAGACGGAUGAACUCAACGAAACCGCCCAAGAAAAGGAACGACGAGUCAAAAUUGUAGAGAAGGAAAGGGAUGGGCUCGAAGAUAAGAAAAACGCAGCACUCGCCUUUCUCCACGAUGAGAAUGAGAUCGCUUCAAAACAAUCGGCCCUCUACCAGAUCCACAUCUCAGAGCUUGACGAUUACAUUCAUGCAGCCAGCGAGUCUGUGGCACAGAUGCAAGCUCGGUUGGACGAGGAGCUCCAGGCACAUCAGGGCAAUGAGGAAGGCAUCAAAGAGCUUGAGAAGCAGUACAAGCGAGGCUCCAAGGAAUGCGAGCGGUUGGAGAAGCAGGCCCAAGAACUCCAGAAAGAGGUUGCGAAGAUCGACAAGGACACGGUCAAGUUUGAGGAGAAGAAGAAAUUCAUGAUCGGAAAGCAGAAGAAGCUCGAGAAGACAAGGGAAACCAGUAAGCAUGGCAUGUCCGAGGCUUCGACAAACGCGAAACAGUAUGCUUCUGAUCUAGAGGGCUAUGCCGAGGAUAUGGCAGCGCUAGAGGAGAAGAUGGCGGCCGAAGAGGAGGAGCUUGAGGCUAUCCGUGCAAGCCUUGCAGGCAAGACUCAGGGCCUUUCGGACGAGAUCGCGGCAAAGCAAAAGUCCCUCGAGCCUUGGACUGCCAAGAUCAGUGAAAAGCAAUCUGCGAUCGCUCUAGCUCAGAGCGAGCUUGACAUUAUUCGCGAGAAAGAGAACGCAGGUGCCAAAGGAAUUGCUGAGGCCGAAGCCAAGAUCGCCACCUUGCAAGAAUCGAAGCAGACCAAGGUCGACGAGCUAGAAGAAUGCAAGGCGGAACAAAAGAAAGCACUGAAGGAAGUCCAGCAUGUGCAGGCAAAGCUCAAUCAAUUGGCACAGCAAGAACCCGCCCUCAGAUCCAAACUGUCCGGUGCAAGGCAGAACGCUAACGAAGCGCGGGCGAGCCUUUCAGAGACUCAGAAUCAGGGCAACGUCCAAGACAAACUGAUGAAAUUGAAAGACCAAGGACGUAUUAGCGGCUUCCAUGGACGUCUUGGCAAUCUCGGUACUAUCGAUCAGAAGUACGAUAUCGCCAUCUCGACAGCCUGUCCUGCGCUGGAUCAUUUCGUUGUCGAUUCAGCUGAAGUGGGAGAGCAGUGCAUCGACUACCUCCGUAAGAAUAACCUAGGUCGAGGCACAUUCAGACCUCUCAACCGCCAGCAACAACGCGAUCUCUCGCCUAUUGAAACACCAGAGAACGUCCCACGACUUUUCGAUCUCAUCAAGCCGAAUGAUGUGAAAUUCAGACUGGUUUUCUACAACGUGCUGACGAACACACUCGUUGCGAAGGAUCUUGACCAGGCCAAUCGUGUAGCCUACGGCGCAAGCCGAUGGCGCGUUGUCACUCUCAAUGGCGAGUUAAUUGAGACAGCAGGUACAAUGAGCGGUGGUGGCAAUCGAGUAUCGAAGGGUAAGAUGUCGUCAAAACUUGCGGCCAACGUCACGAGCACCCAAGUUGCGAAACUUGAGCAAGACCGCGAUGCCCUUGAACAGAGCUAUGCAGAGCUUCAGGAACAACAACUAGGUCUUGAAUCACAGCUUCGUAGCUUGAACCAACAGAUUCCUCAGCUGGAAACACAGGCUCAAAAGAUCGCAAUGGAGCUGGAUAGCUUUGACCGGAACAUUGCUGACUCUAAACGACGGAUCAAGGAACUCAGCGCUGAACAGGCGUUAGUCAAGUCGGACAAGGCCAGUAUCUCGAAACUCGAGAAGAGCAUCGCGUCGGCCGAAAAGGAAGUUGCGAAGCUACACGCAGAAACUGCUGAGGUGGAGGCUGAGAUCAAAGAACUACAGGAGAGGAUUAUGGAAAUCGGUGGCUCAAAGCUGCGGACCCAGAACGCCAAGGUUGCCGAUGUGAAAGGCCAAAUCGAUUCUCUUGCUGACAUGACAUCGAAUGCGGAGGUGUCAAAGUCAAAAGAAGAGAAGCAACUCGCCAAACACGAAAAGGCACAUGCUGACGCGAUCCGGGACCUUGAAAAGCUUGAACGCGAUGCCGAAAAGAUCGAAGAGGAUAUGGAGGCACACAAGCAAGACGCUGCAGGGAUCAGGCAGCAAGCCGAGGAAGCCCUGGAAGCUUUGGAAGCGACAAAAGAAGAGCUGCAGACUCUAAAGGCAGAACUCGAUGAAAAGACAGCUGCAUUGAACGAAACACGUGCUCAUGAGAUCGAGAUGCGUAACGAGCUCGAAGAGGGCCAGAAAAGCCUCAGCAAACGCCAAAGUCAACAACAGCUGUACCGUGAAGAGCUGGCUAAACUUACCUUCCAAAAUCUGGGUGAUUUUGGAGAGUCGGAGCAAGAGGGUGCAGGCCUUACCGAAUACACUAAAGACGAGCUUCGAGACAUGGACAAAGAUGAGAUCAAGGCUUCGAUCGCCGGUCUCAAGAAGAAGAUCGAGAAUGUCACAGUCGACGUCACAGUGCUAGAGGAAUACCGAAAGCGUACCAAUGAGCAUGCUGAACGGACCCGUUCCCUCGAUGAGGCUGUUGCUGCCCGCGAUUCCUCCAAGAAGAAGCUUGACGAACUCAAGAAAUUGCGUUUAGAAGGUUUCAUGGAAGGCUUCGCGAUCAUUACCUCGAAGCUGAAGGAGAUGUACAUGCUCAUCACCAACGGUGGGAACGCCGAACUAGAGUUGGUCGACUCUUGGGAUCCUUUCGCAGAAGGUAUCAACUUCAGCGUUAUGCCGCCCAAGAAGAGCUGGAAGAGCAUCUCGAACCUCUCCGGUGGUGAGAAGACGCUGAGCUCGUUGGCCCUGGUAUUUGCGCUGCAUCACUACAAACCGACACCGUUGUACGUCAUGGACGAGAUCGAUGCCGCGUUGGAUUUUAGAAACGUUUCCAUUAUUGCGAGCUACAUCCAGCAGCGCACCAAGAACGCGCAGUUCAUUGUUAUCUCGCUGCGCAACAACAUGUUCGAGCUUUCUGCGCGCCUUGUUGGCGUGUACAAAGUCAACCACAUGACGAAGAGUGUGACAAUCGAAAACAAGGACUACAUCAAGGGAUAGCACGAAUCCUUAGUCAUAGUCUUCUUGAGCAUAUUUAUUGGGCGUUGGGGUUUUGGGUACACCGGACUCGGCGUUUGGAUGGUAUCGUAGCAUUGGGUGCCAAACUGGCUGGGAUGGCAGGGUCUGGCUGAACAUGACGGGACAAAGGCUGCUGGGGCUGCUUGGAGUUACCAUAUUCCUCAUGAUGUUGUAUAUUGCGACGACACAUACGAACUGUUC